AUGAGCGAGAAACCGACCGUCGUCGGCUUGGGCGAGAUCUUGUGGGAUGUAUUUCCCGAUGGCCCACGUUUCGGCGGAGCCCCGGCCAACUUCGCCUGCCAUGUGGCAGCCCUGGGCGGAAAAGCCGAAAUGGUCAGCGCCGUGGGGGCCGACGCUCUGGGGACCGACGGUGUGACGAUCCUCCAGCAACGCGGCGUCGGCACCGAAGGGAUCCAACGCCACGAAAGCCGCGCCACGGGAACUGUCGACGUCCAACUGGACGACAAAGGAUUGGCCACCUAUAAGUUCGCCUCCGGUGCGGCCUGGGAUGCAAUUGAAUGGUCGGACGAUCUCGAUCGCCGGGCGACCCGUGCCGGCGCCGUCUGCUUUGGCACAUUGGGGCAACGCAGCGAAUGCUCUCGCCGCACCAUCCAACGGUUUGUGCUGGCCACACUGCCCGAGGCCCUGCGCAUCUUCGAUAUCAACCUGCGGGCCCCGUUCUACACUGAUGAGGUCAUCCUCGACUCGCUCGAAAUGGCCAGCGUGCUGAAGUUAAACGAAGAUGAGAUCCUGCUGGUAGCCAAGUUAUGCGAGCUGUCCGGCUCGGAAAAUGAGAUUCUUCAAGCACUCGCCGAGCGGUUCGAGUUGGAAGCCAUCGCCCUCACCCGCGGUCAAGACGGAGCCGUGUUAUUACGCGGCAACGAGAUCAAUGAACACGCAGGUGUGAAGACCAAGGUGGUCGACACCGUCGGUGCCGGGGACUCUUUCACGGCCGCAUUCACGCUCGGCCUGCUCGAAGAUCGCCCGUUGGAAGUAAUCAACCGCACGGCCUGCCGAAUCGCCGCCUACGUUUGUUCUCAGAGCGGUGGAACUCCCCGCAUCCCACCCGAGUUGGCGACCUUCGAGUAA